UUGCAAACAAAAUAAGAUUGGCACAAAGCGCAGCGAAGACUAUUUUUUGGGGGGGGGCCAAGAUUUUCAAUGGAAUCAUUUCAUUCAAAUGGCGUUUUUAUGUGCCGUCCCGUACGAAGCAUUUAUAAUGUUGUGUAGCCAAUACGGAGAGUUUCUAAUACUGUGUCCAAUACUUGACCUAUUUGAUUUCUAUUGAUUAUGCUUUCUCACAGGUUAAAUAUCCUCUCAUUGUUUUGCAAUUGCAUUUUUGAUGGUGACGAUUAUAGUAUUGUCAUUGUAAUGUAGUCUGAAUGACUUGAAAGGUCCUAUCACAUUUUUUUACAAUCCAUCUGUUAUUCACACUCAUGUUUAUUUCUUCACUAACAGUGGCCAUGCGAGCUUAAUAGACCCAGUGUGAUUCAUCACAAGAAAAAACAAACAAACACUCGCUCACACACACAAAAAAAUAAAUAACAGCCAUGUUCAAUUGAUUAUGGAAAACAUAGACAAAAUAACAAAGAAAAGGGAAAUAUAAGGUCCGCUUAAAAAGUUGAAUCCUAUUUUUAAGAUUUCUAUGUUUGGAGGGAUUUUGUUUACUACAUUUUCAAGAAUAAAUUAAUUUCACACAUUGUAUGAGCAAAGGCUAGCUUUAUGGUUUUUAAUAUAGCAAUGACAAAAAAUGAUUACAAGUGCACGGAUUUGGUUAAAAAAAAAAUUAAACAAAACUAUAUAAAGAGCAGCAGAAGUUUGAUCCAGUUUCAUUUCGUUAAGUAAUUGAUUAAUUAAUUCGUUCAUUCAUCUAUGUAUUUAUGUCUUUAUUUUGCAUUACUGUACUUACAACUUUGAAGUGUUUUUUUUUCAGUUAGUUUUUUUUUUAAAUCUGCAACACAACAGUGUGCAAGACAGUAAAUGUAGAGAGUGAGAGAAUCCGUGGGAGGAAAUGGGUCUCCCGCUAUGCGUCUGAUAUUUUCCAAACUACCAAAAACUCCUCCCCCGGUCCUAUUUUAAGGCCCUCAGCAGAUGACAACACUUAAAAAAACCUCGCACAUUAAGCACGCGAUUUCACCAGGCGCAAGUAGAAAUGCUUCUGGAGUAUUUGAUCUUAGCUCUGAUUCGGAUCCCCUUCUCUGAGGCUCGCCAUGAGCUACAGGAGAUGUUUGCUGAGUCCAACUCACAAGUUAUUCUCCCCUGCGACUGCAACACCUCUUCGUCAAUCGCCAUCACCUGGACCAAGGAUAACCAAGGCACCGUAUGGAGGCAGGAGAGGAGCGGCUUGCAAUUUUGGGGCUCGAGAUGGCUGCAGAAAGGUCAGCAGCGUGUGCGCUGCCCCCGCUGCCAGCUCCCGGGAGGCGACUGCGGCCUGCGAAUCAGCGACGUCCGCGAGGAGGACGGCGGCCGCUACGCUUGCAAGUUUCAGAGCGGUGGACAAAUGAUCACGCGCUGGCUCGUGCUGAGAGUCAUCAAAGUGUCUUUCUAUCCGGUGGCGCCGGUGGCGGGGGUCCACGUGUCCAUCAACUGCAGUGUGAGCCCCAGGCCUCAAGGUGCCACAGUGGAGUGGCGACUGAACAACGGCUCGUUUGCGCCUUCUAGCGGGGGGAGCCCGCCGACCCCUCGGUGGAGCUUGCAGGAGAAGGCGAGCGUGCGAUUGGCGGGAGAGUGGAUGUGCGUGGUGGCCAGCGGAGGCGCCCAAGGCCGAGCCUCGGCCCCUUUAACCGUGAGAGGAAUAGUCCACCCGUCCCGAGACGCGACCAAGGUUUACGCCGCCGUGGGGUCCGGAGCCACCCUCCCCUGCGUCUUCUCCCGUGGCUCAACCCCCUCGAAGCCCACCUGGCAGAAACUCCAAGCCGGCUCUCUCUGGAGGCCCGCUUCCUUCUCCUCUUCCCCGCCCGCUUCCCAGCCCGCUUGGGACCACUCGGCCCGUUUAAAAGAGACCGCCCUCGAGGACGAGGGAACGUACAGAUGCGGCGGGGUGGUGGAAGGACGCAGCCUGUCUCGGAAAGUGCAGCUGGUUGUAGCCACGAUUGAGCGCAGCGUCACCCGGAAGAAAACGCUCACGCUGACCUGUCAGCUGACGGACACCAGCGAGGUCACCCGCUACCGGUGGGUCCGCGUGACCCACGACGCCAGCGGCGAACGCCGCGCGGAAUCCGUCCAGGAGGGGAAGAGUCUUCGCGUGAGCGACGUGUCGCGCGGGGACGCCGGCGAAUGGGCGUGUCGCUUUUUCGGAGCGCGGGGACUCCUGGGCAACGUAACGCAACGCAUCGGGCCUCCAUUGGAUCACGCAAGCGGCUCGGCGGGAGUGUCGCCCAGCACCGCAGUCGCGCUUGGUGUCAGUGCUCUUCUGCUUCUUCUGCUCCUGCUUCUGGCUCGGAUGUACAAGAACCACCAGAGGAGAAAAAGAAUUUUCCAGUACACCACGCUGGAGUCGAUUCUCCAUGCGAGGUCCAAGGAGAGCGAGGCAAGAGACCCAAGUCGAGCGAUAAAAGGGACCUGAGCCACAAAACUGGCAAACCGACAGCGAGCACUGGAGCACUUGUGUGUGUUUUUUUUAAAGACUUUUGGGCAUUAUUCUUGCCCGCUCGCUGUCCAGCAACAUUUGCAAUUCAGGAGAAGGGCAAGAACUGUUGCUUUUCACUUUGACUGUGCGUGUCUUCUUUAAAAAAAAAAAAAAAAAUCUGACUGUUUUG